AUGCAACAAUAUGCUAUCGAAAUUAACAAUAUCAAUUUCAAAACUCACACCAACCAAUCCUCCUAUAACAAUAAAAAGAAGAACAAUAACAACUCCAACAACUUUGGAGGCAAGAAAAAUAAAAAGGAUAAUAACGGACAAUGGAAACGUGAUAAAAACGGAAAGAUGCACCCCAAUCAGACUUUUAAACCUGCACCUAUGGACCUCAACAACACACGACAACAGUAUCCACACAACAAACCCAAAAAGGGUCCAAAAUCCAACACGCCACUAUACUGGAAUU